UCUUAAUUGAUGCCCUUCCAUCCGUUGCUCUCUCCAGUCAUUCACGCUCUUUCUUUUCUUCCUCCUAAAUCUUCUCUCCCACUCGACAAUGGCGGCUGCUUCUACUUCAUCAUUCAUCCCCCUCAAGCCUCGCCCAACUCCGCGGGGGUUGUCGACGAUCGCCGUCCUAAAAUUGGGAGCUCCUCUGUCAUUCAGCUUCCGCCGCCCUGUUCUGGCGCCUGCUCGCCUCCGGAUCUCCUGCGUCUGGCUGUGUUUUAAGCAGGCGAAGCCAGAGACGGUGGAGAAGGUUGCCAAGGUCGUGAAGAAACAGCUUGCACUGCCUGCGGAGACUCUGGUGACCGGCGACUCCAAGUUCGCUGCACUCGGUGCCGAUUCUCUCGACACAGUUGAAAUUGUAAUGGGCCUAGAAGAGGAAUUCGAUAUCAGCGUCGAGGAGGACAGCGCGCAGUCGAUAGCGACAGUUCAGGAUGCAGCUGAUCUCAUCGAGGAACUGGUUCGGAAGAAGUGCGCUUGAAAAAGCUUAAGAAAGAAGAAAUGAAUGAAUGAUCCUCCUAUUUCUCUCUAGUGCAGUUUCAUGCUUGUUAUCUCUGUAAGAUGGAAG